AUGACUUCUACACGUCUGUCAGAAAAGUCACUAUCCCUGACUAAUCGUGACUGUCUACUAGACAUUUGGUUAACAGUCCCGCCCCUCCCACGGAAUGUUAUUUACCCAAUCUGUUCAUGUGUCCAGACUGGUAAUCAAACUGGUAAUAUAAACUUCCAGAUCGCUUGUGAAAUCUUAUGCCAAUCGGAUUACUGCAGUCAACAACGUAAUCCUUCAACAGCAUAA